AUGCUCAAUCUGCUCGGCAUUGCGCGCAUAUCUAUGCCUAGCCGCAGGCGAGUCAUGCCGGUGCUCCUUCUGCUGAUUUUCACCGGCUUCUACAUUCAUUCCUGGGCUGUUGCCAGUGUGCCGUAUCCUGGCCUCACCAAGCUCCCCGUCCACGCAACGCCCGAUACGCACCCCAUCACCGAACUGAUCUCGAACGCAACUGCACACUUUGAGAAUCUACUUAAAGAACAAUCUUUCACACUCCAUGAUGCUGCAGAGCGAUACCGACAGCGGCGCGGUCGACACCCUCCCCCGGGAUUUGACACAUGGUUCAAACAGGCUAUGAAAGAUGACGCCAUCGUGGUGGAAAGCUUUUUCGACAGAAUACACCACGACAUCAAUCCACUUUGGGCAUUGAACCCUCGGGAAAUGCGCAUGCAGGCCGCCUCGCAGCCGCAGGUCAUCAAGAUUCGCAACAAGAAGGUCUUCAUGGUCACCGACCGCCCCGGCCGACAGCCAUGGAUCCAACACUGGACAGCCCUAGUUAAAAAAAUGAUGCCCAACUUGCCCGACUUAGACAUGGCUGUCAACGUCAUGGAUGAAACACGCAUCUUGACGCCGUGGUCAACCAUCAGCAAAUACAUGGAGCUUGAGCAGCAGCGUCGAGAGCUCAUUGCGCCGGAACUCGCCCUGAGCAAGUACUCGUUUGGCCAGCGUCGUUCCCCGCUGCGCGAAAUUCUCUUCCAGAUGACGGCUUCGGAGGAAGCUGCAUGUCUGGGAUCCGUUGCCAGCCACGAGGCCCCGUGCACACCCCAAGAACUGCAGCUCCGUUCGCUCUGGUCGCAGGUGCUAAACACUGCUGAAUCGAGCAUCGGAAGAUUCGAGGACUUUUUCCGACGGGGAGGCGACUCGCUGGCGGCGAUGAGGCUGGCCUCAGCCGCGCAUGGCCUCGGUCUUAGUCUGACCUUUGGGGACAUUUUUGCGAAUCCAGUACUGUCAAGUCAGGCAAAGCUGAUUGGCUCCACGGAGGGAAACACGCAACAGAGUUACACAUGCUCGGCGUUUGAAUUGAUUACAGAGAGCCAAAAGCAAGCUGUUCUCGCAACAGCAGCUAAGGAGUACGCUUUACCGGCGACUCAGAUUGAGGACAUCUAUCCAACUACACCAAUGCAACAGGGCCUUGUCGCUCUCAACUCCCUACGGCCAGGCUCGUAUGUGUCACGACGUGUCUACAAGCUUAGAGAGGGCGUUAGCUUUCGAAAGCUCGAAGCAGCUUGGAAAGCCACCUUGGACGCGAACCCCGCCUUGAGAACCCGUGUCAUACGAUCUGUUGGUGACGGCCCAACGUAUCAAGUCGUGGUUCGCGACGAGGCGGUUGUUGACAUGGCCUAUGACUUGACCAAAUAUCUGGCGGACGACGAGGCAAAGCCGGUAAAUCUGGGUACGCCGCUCGUACGAAUGGCGAUCAUAUCCAACGCCAGCGGAGAGCCAAACUUUUGCGUCGUUACCAUGCAUCACUGCAUAUACGAUGCCUGGUCAGCGGCUAUCCUGAAGACCCAAGUGAGCGACACGUAUCAUGGCCACGUUCCAGUCCUUCAAACAUUUAGGGAGUUUGUCAAAUAUGUACUCCAAUCUAAUAAAAAUUCAUCCGAUCAUUGGAGAAGUGAGUUUGCUGGGAUACGCGCCGAACAGUUUCCAGCUCUGCCAACGCCCACACAUUCCCCAAAUACCACGGAAUCCGAAAGCCAGCAUAUAUGCCUCCCUCCAAGUGUUGCAACGGCAGCAAAUAUAACACUCACCACGCGCAUACAGCUAGCGUGGGCAAUGACUCUAAUGGCUUACACCAGCGUGAAUGAUGUAGUGUUUGGCUUGACGGUUUCUGGCAGGGCAGCGCCCGUGCCGGGGAUUGACAAGAUUGCUGGUCCCACGAUUGCAACAUUUCCCUUGAGGGUUCAGUUGAGGUCCUCUUCAUCAAUUCACGAGGAGCUGGAGACGCUGCAGAAACGUAUCAUAGAGAUGAUACAAUUUGAACAGUUUGGGGUACAGAACAUCAGUCGCCUUGGAGACGACGCGGCCAAGGCGUGCAAGUUCCAAAGCCUCCUCGUCAUUCAACAGCGUCAAUCAUCAGCCGAAAAAUCUGGCAUCUUCGGUGAUACUGGUGCUUUUACGCCCCAGCCAAUGUGGAAUACAUACGCAUUGACGAUUCUGUCAACCCCCGGCGCCGAUAGAUGCGUCCGUUUCGAGGCUGUUUACGAUGCCACGGUGGUGCCCAAGGCCCAAAUGAGACGGAUUCUACAAGUUUUUGGCAAUGUCUUGAAGCAGACAGUACUGUCGCCGGAUAAAUUGGUGGGCGACAUGGACAGUAUCAGCACAGAUGACUUGCAGCAAAUCGAGUGCUGGAACUCUUCAGCGCCUCCAGCCGUUCCGAGGUGCAUCCAUGACAUGAUUCACGACCAUUGCGUAGCGCAGCCAGAAGCUAGCGCGAUUGACGCAUGGGAUGGUCAGUUUACCUACAAGCAGCUCGACGAUCAGUCGUCACUGUUUUCAGCCGUUCUUAGAGAGAAACGACUGGGUCCAGACAUGAUGGUUCCUCUUUGCUUUGAAAAGUCGAAAUGGGUCGCUGUUGCCAUCUUGGCAGUCGCCAAAGCCGGUAGCGCGUUCAUACUGUUGGACCCUUCACACCCAACCGAACGGCUGGCGUGGAUUUGCAAGAAUGCGCAAGCAUCAGUGUUGCUAUGUUCCAAGGAUAUGGCUGCGUUGGCGGCGAAGCUCGGCUGUCAACACGUCGUCCAGGUCGAUGAGAACAGCAGUCGAGAAAACCAAGCCUCGCUAACUACUCAAGUGCAUCAUCCCAUCCAAGCACUCCCUAGUAAUGCCCUAUGUGCGCUGUAUACCUCGGGGUCAACGGGAACGCCGAAAGGCGUCGUUAUCGAGCAUUCAGCCUUCGCCACCCAAGUUACCGCGCUUGGACUGCACUUCCAUCUGGGUCGCCAGUCACGUAUUUUUCAGUUUGCAUCCCAUGCAUUCGACGUCACCGCUGCCGAUUAUGUGUUUGGACUGGCCCUUGGCGGCUGCGUAUGCGUCCCGAAUGAAGCGGACAGCCGGGACAACCUAGCCAAAGCCAUACGAGAUCGUAGAGCAAACUGGACUUUUCUGACACCUUCGGUCGCCCGAACUCUAACACCCUCCGCUGUACCAGAUCUCAACACCUUGGUGAUUGGUGGCGAGUCUGCAAAGGGAAUAGACUUUACGGUUUGGUCAGGCGCCGUGCGGCUCGUCUACGUAUAUGGUCCUGCUGAGGGGACGGUCUACUGCACUGUGCAGCCCAAGACUCAACCGGGUGCCAAUCCGGUGAAUAUCGGAUCGGCAGCUUCUUCCGCAUGCUGGCUGGUAGAGCCUGCCAACCCAGAGAAGCUGGUUGCCAUUGGGGCGGUUGGCGAGUUGGUGAUUGAGGGCCCGAUUGUCGGCCGCGGGUACAUGGGAGAGGAUCUGGGCGGCUCGCCUUUCAUUCCGCCGCCAAAGUGGUUGCGUGCCAUGCCACGAAGUGAGUCACCAGGCAGGCUAUACAGAACUGGAGACUUGAUGCGGUACAGUCCAGACGGCGACGGAUCGCUAGAGUUUGUUGGUCGGAAGGACAGGCAGGUCAAACUUCGCGGGCAGAGAAUGGAGCUUGCGGAGAUUGAACAUCAAGUUGCGCGGCAUUUUCCUGCCACAACGGAUGCCAUUGUGGAAAUCAUUGCCCCCGAGAACUCAGACAGUCAGAGGUUACUUGCUGCUUUUAUCUGGGAUGCCAGCAAUGUUGCAGGGAAACGCUCCAGUAACAACCAAGGCACGCUGUCCACGUCUGCCAUGUUCGCCGUCCCAGAUGAAGAGUUUCAAUCUCGGGCAUCGAUCGCGGAAGUGGCGCUACGGAAGAGCCUACCUCCUUUCAUGAUCCCUUCGUUAUUUGUUCCCCUCAAGCAAUUCCCCCUCGGUCCUACCGGCAAAGUAGACCGGCGUCUUAUCAAGGACAAGGCGUGCUCACUUUUGCGACGGGAGCUCAACAUCUACCGUGGCUUCUGUUCAUCUAGAAUGAGGCCCCCUUCCAAUACGUCAGAAAGUAAAAUACACCAGCUGGUUGCAGAUGUGCUUGGUCGGGAUCGCGGCGACAUUGGGAUGAACGACGACUUUUUCCAGCUUGGUGGUGACUCGAUUAGUGCCAUGGUUCUGUCGGCACGGGCUAUGGACAUGGAUCUGAAGUUGUCGGCCGCAGAUAUUCUAGGCCAUCCUCGUCUUUGUGAUAUGGCCGACCUGGCUAUUCAGAAGAGCACGGAGAGAUGCUUGCCCACAGAGCAGCUAUCGCUACCAGAGCCGUUCUCGUUGCUUCCCGCAAACUAUCAUCAUAACACCUUGAUGCAAGAAGUUGUGAAAGGCCGCUAUCAAAACCUGCAAGCAUUCGACCCUGGUUGGAUAUCGGGCCAGGCACCCUCCUACUGGAAUUACUUCCGCGAAACCUGUCCAGUCGACAGUCCCGGCCGGAAUAUUAGCGCUCUCGAGUCGUUCAACGUGCCCGUCGAGUACCCAAGCAAGCAGAUGCCCUACGCCCACCACGGCUUCAUCCAAAAUUUUACCCAGGCCCAAGACCCGUGCCUACAGCCGCACAUGCGCAGCCUCCAUGGCACUUUUGUCGAGAGUGUGAGCAUGUCCACCACACAGACCCUGUUCCCGCUCUUUGCCGGCUCCAAGCUGCCCACCAAUAACGAGAUCCUCAUCCCCGGCGCCAUGUACCUCUCCUCGCGUGCCUUUUACAGCGGCGGCCGGAGCAGUGGCGGAAAAUGGUCCGGCAAGACGGACGCCCUUAUUUGGCGCGGGACCGCCUCGGGCGGCCGCAACAAGGUCGACAACUGGUGGCACUUUCACCGCCACCGCUGGGUGCAACUUAUGAACGGCACCACGGUCGCGCGCGUCGAGGCCGGCGAUGCCGCCGCCGCCCCAACCUUUGACCUGCUCUCGGCCUCCAACUACAGCCUCCCCCACACCAUGGACGGCCGCAUCGGCACGUGGCUCACUAAAUUCUCCAACGUGGCCUUUGUCCACCUCGAGUGCUUCCCCGAGCCGCCCAAGGAACACGAAGGCACCUGCUCGUACACGGGGGAGCACUUGGGUAUCGCCAAGCCCAUGCCCAUGAAGCAGCAGUACCGGUACAAGUACCUGCCCGAUGUCGACGGCAACUCGUUCAGCGGCCGAUGGCGGGCGUUCCUCAAGUCGACGAGCGUGCCGCUCAAGGCCACAAUUUACGCCGAGUGGCAUGACGACCGCAUGGUGCCGUGGGUGCACUUUGUGCCGUUUGACGCGUCGUACAAGGAUAUUUACGCCGUCAUGGAGUAUUUCCUCGACGGCCGUGACGAGCAGGCUGAGGUCAUUGCGACGGAAAGUAGUAACUGGGCAAAUGCAGUGUAUCGGGACGAGGAUAUGAAGCUCUAUGUCUGGAGGCUAUUGCUGGAGUAUGCGCGCGUGGUGGACGAUAACCGCCAACGUCUUGCGUUUGUGGAUGAUUUACGAAAAACGGAGUGA